AUGCAGCUUCAAGUCCAGGCCUUAUGGGCCAUCAUUGGCCUGCCCAGGAAGAUCAAACUACUGGGGUAUCCUCACUUAACUUGGGCGCUUAGACAACCCAAAAAUACACAUCAUAUCCUGCAAGAGGAGGUAGAGAAAGGCCCCAGUCUGACAUUAACGACAACAGUUGCGACAACAAGUGCUAAGAUUGAAGAGAGCCCUUCGCAUACGCCAACUCCAACUGCAACUGCAACCUUGGCUACAACUCCAACCAUCUCAAAUGCUAUAUUCAAUUCAUCAGCGGCCCUCCCUCGUCUUGAGUGCCCUGCUCUAAAUGACAAUCGUUACAAGGUCCUCCAAGAGCCUCGACAUGGAGAUGAGGUUCAAGACUCACAUAUUGAUUAUUUCUUUGCCCUCAACUUGCGGAACUGCAUAGGCAUUCUUCCGCGCCUGAUAGGCAGCAUUGUUGAAGCUGUUCGUUUCCUUGGACCCCAUCGCUGCGCGUUAUCUAUCGUUGAAGGAAACUCCCCUGACGGCACAUCCGAUAUUCUCUCGGCUCUGAAACCCUUCCUCGAAGACUUAGGCCUGGUCUAUUUCUACAACAGUUCCAGGAUCAACCCAACCCAAGGUAAUGCACGCAUCCGCAAACUUGCCCAACUACGUAACUUGGCCCUCACUCCUCUUUACAAAGAACAAGUAAAGGUUACAGACGAAACAACAGUGCUUUUCAUCAACGAUGUCUCCGCCUGCACAGAAGAUAUUCUCGAACUCGCUCUUCAGCGACGCAGUCUCAACGCAGACAUGACAUGCGCCAUGGACUGGACCUACGUAGGACCCGACCUAACCUUUUACGAUAUCUGGAUAGCCCGUACUAUUUCAGGAGACUCUUUUUUCGAAGUUGGCUCGGACGGAAAUUGGAAUUCAGCUUGGAACCUCUUCUGGAACGCCCCUGGAACACGCUCACGCUACGACGCACAACAGCCCUUCCAGGUUUUCGCCUGCUGGAACGGGGCUACAGCGUUUACUGCGGCGCCGUUAUUACAUGGUCUUCGGAUUCGAGAUACUCGCAAAGGAGAGUGUUUUCAAGGCGAGCCCCAGUUGUUUUGUAAGGAUAUGUGGUCCCGGGGUUUUCGCAAGAUUGCAGUUGUGCCGAGUGUGAAUCUUGAGUAUUCUGAUGAGAAGGCCGCAGAUAUCAAGAAGCUGAAGGGCUAUGUGUCGGAUAUAGUUCAGAAGCAGGAGGAAGAUAGUACAAUAGACUGGGUAUACGAUCCACCAGAGCAGUCCUGGAGACCCUGGAACGAGACGCUGUAA